ACAUAAGAACAGAAAAUGACCCCUUGCGCCGACCAGAACCCGCAGACAUGGCGAAUCAGGUUAUCAAGUGCAAGGCUGCAGUUGCCUGGGAGGCUGGAAAGCCUCUCUCCAUAGAGGAGAUAGAGGUGGCACCUCCAAAGGCUCAUGAAGUUCGAAUCAAGAUCAUUGCCACUGCAGUUUGCCACACUGAUGCCUAUAAUCUGAGUGGAGCUGAUCCUGAGGGUUGUUUUCCAGUGAUCUUGGAACAUGAAGGUGCUGGAAUUGUGGAAAGUGUUGGCGAGGGAGUUACUAAGCUGAAGGCGGGUGACACUGUCAUCCCACUUUACAUCCCACAGUGUGGAGAAUGCAAAUUUUGUCUAAAUCCUAAAACUAACCUUUGCCAGAAGAUAAGAGUCACUCAAGGGAAAGGAUUAAUGCCAGAUGGUACCAGCAGAUUUACUUGCAAAGGAAAGACAAUUUUACAUUACAUGGGAACCAGCACAUUUUCUGAAUACACAGUUGUGGCUGAUAUCUCUGUUGCUAAAAUAGAUCCUUUAGCACCUUUGGAUAAAUUCUGCCUUCUAGGUUGUGGCAUUUCAACUGGUUACGGUGCUGCUGUGAACACUGCUAAGGUUGAGCCUGGCUCUGUUUGUGCCAUCUUUGGCCUGGGAGGAGUUGGAUUGGCAGUUAUCAUGGGCUGUAAAGUGGCUGGUGCAUCCCAGAUCAUUGGUGUGGACAUCAAUAAAGACAAAUUUGCAGGGGCCAAAGAGUUUGGAGCCACUGAAUGUGUUAACCCUCAGGAUUUUAGUAAACCUAUCCAGGAAGUGCUCAUUGAGAUGACUGAUGGAGGAGUGGACUAUUCCUUUGAAUGUAUUGGUAAUGUGAAGGUCAUGAGAGCAGCACUUGAGGCGUGUCACAAGGGCUGGGGUGUUAGCGUGGUGGUUGUAGUAGCUGCUUCAGGGGAAGAAAUUGCCACUCGUCCGUUCCAGCUGGUAACAGGUCGCACAUGGAAAGGCACUGCCUUUGGAGGAUGGAAGAGUGUAGAAAGUGUCCCAAAGUUGGUGUCUGAGUAUAUGUCCAAAAAGAUAAAAGUUGAUGAAUUUGUGACUCACAGUCUGUCUUUUGAUGAAAUUAACAAAGCCUUUGAACUGAUGCAUUCUGGAAAGAGCAUUCGCACUGUUGUGAAGAUUUAACUCAAAAGAGAAAAAUAACGUCCAUCCUGUUGUGAUGCGAUAGGAGCAGCCUAACAGGCAGGGAGAAGUGCUUCCAAGCUCACAGCCUCAUAGACCUUCAGCAGCUACGCCACACAAUAGUGUGAUAUAUGUAAUUCAUGCAUCUCUGUAAUCAAGGACAAAGAUAAUUCAGUCAUGAACCUGUUUUCUGGACCCCUCCUCCACAUAAAUAAUUGCUAGCUCAUUAAGGAAUAUUUUAACAUAAUAAAAGUAAUUUCUACAAAAAAAAAAAGAACAGAAAA